GAACUCAGUUUUUCGCGUUUUUGCCAUGGGUCGCGUUCUGUUCGGGAGCUUGUCCCUGUGUUUGGUCCUCCUGGUGACCACCUCGAUCCAGGCAGCCGUCGUCCGUGAGUUCCCGCCUCUCGAGCAAUUCCAGCGCCUGGAAAAUCCUAACCAGCGAGUGGUUCCUCUCGCCGACGAAGUCAACUACCGGCUUCCCAACGAAACUAUUCCCGUGGAGUACGAUAUUACCCUGACCACCAAUGUCCACACCGGCGACACCCAUUUCACGGGCGUUGUUGGCAUCACCGUCAGUGUCCUGACCAGUACUCCCAACAUUGUGGUUCAUGCCCGCCAGCUGGAGAACUUUACGGUCACCGCCCAGCAGCUGAAUGUAGAAAAUGCGGAACUGCACACUUUGCAAACCAGUUACGAGGCCGAAAGAGAGUUCCUUACUCUCUCCAAGGAUGGUUUGACUUUCGCGGCAGAUACCACCUGGCUGGUGACCAUCAAUUACGAGGGCAACCUACGCACGGACAAUGGAGGCUUCUACCUGUCCACAUACGAAACCGACGAAGGCGAAACCAAGUACCUGGCCACCACCCAGUUCGAGAGUACCGACGCUCGCCACGCCUUCCCCUGCUACGAUGAGCCCUCCAAGCGGGCCAACUUCACCAUCACCAUCAAGCACGAUCCCUCCUACAAUGCCAUCAGCAACAUGCCUGUAAAUGAAGCUACAUCCAGCUCUGGAGUGACCUCCUUCCAGAAGACCGUGAACAUGCCCUCCUACCUGGUGGCCUUCAUCGUCUCCCAGUUCGUCUACACCGAGGGCGAAUUCAAUCAGCUGACCCAGCGCGUCUACUCCAGGGAGGGAACUCUGGGAGACCAGGAGUGGGCCCUGACUAACGGCAUGCUCGUGGAGAAGCGACUCUCCGACUACUUUGGCGUACCCUUCCAACUACCCAAGCUGGACCAGGCUGGUAUCCCCGACUUCGCCGCGGGCGCCAUGGAGAACUGGGGUUUGGCCACUUACCGUGAGGAGUACCUGCUCUACAACAGCGAAAACUCCACCAUAAACACUCAGACCAACAUUGCCACCGUAGAGGCCCACGAGGACGCCCACAUGUGGUUUGGCGAUCUGGUGGCCAUCGAGUGGUGGAGCUACCUGUGGCUGAAGGAGGGCUUCGCCACUCUGUUCGAGAACCUGGCUGUAGAUCUGGCCUAUCCCGAGUGGGACAUCUUCCAGACCUUCCAUGCCGGUUCCUACCAGAGUGCUCUGGUCUAUGAUGCUAGUGCCACUGCCCGCCCCAUGAGCUACUUCAUCCAGAAGCCUUCCGAAAUCGCUCUGCUGUAUGACUCCGUGUCUUAUGCCAAGGCAGGAUCAGUAUUGAACAUGUGGCGUCAUGCCAUCACGAACAAGGUGUUCCAGCGUGGUCUCCACAACUACCUGGUAGACAACAAAUACACCGCUGCUAAUCCCACCAAGCUCUUCGAGGGCAUCGCCAAGGCGGCCGUUGAGGAGAACUACGCCGUUCCGGCCACCAUUGCCGAGAUGAUGGGCAGCUGGACCGACCAGGGUGGAGUUCCUGUAUUGACUGUCACCCGUAAUUACGAGAAUGGGUCCUUCACCAUUCGCCAGGAUACCUACACCAACGACAAGGACUACACCAACGAUAAGCUGUGGUACGUGCCGGUGAACUAUGCUGAUGCCUCAAACCCCGACUUCCGAAACACUGAAGCCACCGAAUACCUGCUGAAGCAGAGAGAGAUUACCGUGAACGCCGGCUUGGACAACGCUAACUGGCUUCUGUUGAACAAGAAGCAAGUCUUCUACUACCGUGUCAACUACGACGAGACCAACUGGCAGCUGCUGAUCGACUUCUUGCUGGCUCGCCCACACAAGAUCGCUCCCGAGAACCGCGCCCAGUUGAUCAACGACCUGUACCGUUUCGCCACCAGCGGUCGCACGUCCCAUUCCACGCUGCUCCAGCUGCUGACCUAUCUGCCCAAGGAGGAUCAAUACUCACCCUGGUCGGCGGCCAACACCGUGAUCACCCUCAUCAACCGCUACCUGAGCGGCGACGCCUCGUACUCCAACUUCCAGUUCUACGUAAGCCACCUGGUCAGCGAUCAGUUCGACAAGUUCGGAGUGCAAGAUCUGUCCGGAGAGCAGCACUUGGUUAAGUACACCCGCAACAUCCUGAUCAACAUCGCCUGCCUGGCUGGAGUGGAGAGCUGCCUGUCAGAGACCACUGCCAAGCUGGAAGCACUGGUGGAUCAGGGUACAGUCAUCGAACCGAACCUGCAGUCGCAGGUAUACUGCAACGGCUUGAAGAAGGCCGACGACAGGGUAUACAACUUUGUCUUCAAUAAGCUGAUCAACUCCUCCGACCAGGCCGAGCGUCGCCUCCUAAUCUCCUCCCUUGGCUGCUCUCAGAGCACCACCCAACUGGAAAAGUUCCUGAACACCAGUAUUGACGACAGCCUCCGGGGCCAAGAAAGUAUCACCGUGCUGAGCGCGGUGUACUCCCGCGGCGAGGUCGGUCUCCUGGCCGCCAUCGACUUCCUGGACAAGAACUGGGAGACGUACGGCGAGCUCAACUCUGGAUUUGGCGGAGUAAACCCUCUGUAUAGUGACAUUCUUGGUAUCUCUGCCUAUGCGGUGUCCUCUGACCAGCAGCAGGCUCUGCAGAAUCUAGUCGAAAAGGUCAAGGACAGCGAGUAUGUUCCAACCACGCUGCAGACCAGCGUAGAUGCCAACUUCAAGGCCAACAACGACUGGCUCACCGCCAACAAGGAGCCCCUGGUGUCCUGGAUGACCGGCUUCCGCACCGGUGGCAGCUCCGCUCUGAGUGCCUCCCUGUUGGCCACCGUCCUGUGCUUCCUGGCCGCCAAGCUCUUCUAGAUCCAUAGCGUCCUCUAAGUUAGUCAUAGUUAUUUGCUCUUGUUCCACAAUAAAUUCCAAAACAAAAUAUUUAAUACCUGUUAAA